AUGGCGCAUGCUAAGAGCAAUGGAUAUCAAGCCAGUGAUGCCACCAGCUCGCUCGACGCUCUGAGAGAGCUCUACGGCAACACCUUCGCCGUCGUCAAGUCCAUGGCUCUCAAGGCCGCCAUGGACCUCGGCAUCGCCGACGCCAUCCACCACCACGGCGGCGCCGCCACUCUGUCCCAGAUAGUCACCAGGGUCGCGCUCCACCCGUCCAAGGUUCCAUGCCUGCGUCGCCUCAUGCGCGUGCUCACUCUCUCCGGCGUCUUCGCCGUCCAGAAGCUGGCGCCCGGCGAUGCCGCAGCCCCUGCCGACGAGGCCGAGGCGGCCGUCUACGCGCUCACGCCGGUGUCCCGCCUCCUCAUCGGCGCCGGGAACCAGGGACACAUGAUGUCCAUGCUGCUCCACCCGAACUUCAUCACCCCCUUCUUCCGGAUCAGCGACUGGCUCCAGCGCGAGCUGCCUGGCCCGUGCAUCUUCAAGCACACCCAUGGCCGGAGCUUGUGGGAGAUGGCCGACGACGACGCCGCGUUCAACACGGUCGUCAACGACGGGAUGGCGUCGGACAGUAUCUUCACGAUGGACAUCCUGGUCAGGGAGCAUGGCGAGGUGUUCCAGGGGAUCAGCUCGCUGGUCGACGUCGCCGGCGGGAACGGCACGGCGGCGCAGGCCAUCGCCAGGGCGUUCCCGGAGGUGAAAUGCAGCGUGAUGGACCUCGCCCACGUCGUCGCCGAGGCUCCCGGUGGCACCGGUGUCGAGUUCAUCACCGGCGACAUGUUUGAGAGUGUUCCACCGGCAAACGCUGUCUUCCUCAAGUGGAUUAUGCACGAUUAGGGUGACAACGACUGUGUCAAGAUACUGGGGAACUGUAAGAAAGCCAUCCCAACUAGAGACAAGGGAGAAAAGGUGAUAAUCAUGGAUAUAGUGGUUGGGACAGGGCCGUCCGACCAAAAGCAUAGAGAUGUGCAGAUCUUGUAUGAUGCAUACAUCAUGUUUAUCAAUGGUGCCGAGAGAGAUGAGCAAGAGUGGAAGAAGCUUUUCCUUGAAGCUGGGUUUAGUGACUACAAGAUUAUGCCAAUUAUGGGAUUCAGGUCAAUCAUCGAAGUCUACCCUUGAAGAAGUUGCUGAUUCUUCCAUGAGCAAUCUGUGUGUGUUGCUUGGGUUGUUUGUGAAAUUGUGAUCAGACCAAUCAAAUAAGUGUGUGGUGUAGCCCCAAUCAAAUAAGUGUGUGGUGUAGCUUCAUAUCUAUGUAUUCGCAGUUCUACUUAAUUUGCCUUUGAAAAUUUCAUGAAAAUAGUAGGAAUAAUGUAUGUA